CCCUGAUGUGCUAAUAUUAAUGAUGAACACGCCAGAAGCGAAACAAAUAUACGAUUUCAGUCAAUAUUGCAUUGCAUGGUAAUUUCCCAUAAGUAUUGAGGCUCGAUUACCACGCAAAUUUAAUGGCCCUAAGCUUAGUGCUCGUCAAGAUCGACUACAUCUAGCAUCGAGAAUCGAACCAAGAACCUAUGCAAAACAACGACGACGUGACCUUUCGCAAACAAAGCGUGUGUCAACAAAGAGCAGCAGUGAUCUGGAUUACCAGCGCCGUAUUCACGAUAUUCGCUUCCGUGUGUCUUAGAAAAAAGCAUACAAAGUUGAAACGGAAACGGCGCACAGAUGGCAACGAAAGGACGAAGGCCAAUUCAUACUCCAACGGGCAACAGUCCGUCGUCUCCGAAAACGAACAUGAACUUUCGGCCGGGCAUCAAUGAUACGACAACCCGGGCCGAAGCCAAGGGAACACGCCCUACUGCUACACCGACGUCGAUCAAGGAAGUGCUCACAAUGAUGGUGCUUCAUGUCUGCAAGAAAAUAAUAUUCUUCGAUAUUAAUUUGAAAGUUCCCCUGUAUAUGGGCAGCUUAUUUUUCAUAUCACUUAUCGGGGACUUCCUCCCGUAUCCCAAGACCUAUUUGGCUAGGUCAGAUAAUUUGUUUAAUAUUUAUUUUGUAAAGAUGGGCUGGGCCUGGACACUGUUAUUUGCGGUGCCGUUUUUAGUUAUGACAUCCAUAACAAUCUGCUGUGGCGAUCAUCAGCGCAUUGUGAGGAAGCACUUGCCACGGCUAGGAAUUGCCACCGUAUUCUGGUUCAUUUGGACAAAGCUGUUCAACGUUAUAGAAUCGAGCUAUGGACGGUGCAAUAUUCGAGGUUUUGAUACCAAAUCAUCUUGUCUGAAAGCUGGCCAUCUGUGGAGCGGAUUUGAUAUUUCUGGGCAUGCUUUUAUUCUUAUUUAUGCCAGUUUGUUGAUGAUGGAAGAAGCUAGAGUGAUAAUCGGUUGGGAAAGCAUUAAGGAACAUUUGAGGAAUGAAGAGCACAACCGAUCUAAGAACGACAAUUCUCAAACGACAAACCCUCUGAAGAGUUUGAAAGAUAACGACUUAAAAGUCCUCAAGCAUUUAUAUACUCGAUACACCCCAACCAUAAGAUUACUUUUCAUUGGAAUGACCAUGCUGCAGCUGCUCUGGGACAUCAUGUUAGUUGGCACAAUGUUGUACUAUCAUCGUAUGGUGGAAAAGGUUAUUAGCGGGAUCAUAGCCGUACUGACCUGGUUCUUCACAUAUCGGGUGUGGUACCCGGCUCAAUCGCUUCUGCCCGACAUGGUGGGCAGAGGAAUGUUCAACUAUCAAUCUUCGAAUAGGCAACCCGAAGUUGGACUACGAAGGAGAGCGAGUCUUUUGCAGCCCGGAACCAGUUCCCAAACACAAGAUAUACCCAAAUUUAUGGGUAUGCCACUGUACGCGGCACGACAACCUCAAAAUGCAUCCCCAACGGGGUCCGGUGGAGCAGAUGUCAACGCGAGCUUUGCGAGUACGACAAUGAACCCAAACAUCAUGGGUCGGUUAGGAAGCGGGGGAGCUCCAGGGGCGUCGGACCCCAACAGUCGCUAUCAACCGCGCAGUAGAUUUAAUUUUAAUGAAUAGUCUAUGGCUUUGAAAAAAAAAACAAGCUUUUGCCCCCAGUUUGCUACCUUCAAUCGAGGCUCGAAUUAUUUUGUGUUUUGUCCUUUACGUGAUGGGUUUCCGACGAUUUAAGAAUAAUAUAACGAAACUUAAAAAUGUUAUAUUAAAAAAAAGUUUGUCAGUGAAAGCAAAUUAUGACAUUUACUAAUAAUGGAUUAGAAAACGUAACACAUAACUCCUCAUUAUUUUCUUUUAGUGCUAACUCGUUUUCGAAAUGUUUAUACUUAAUCGUUUUCUGUCGUUUUUUCCGACAUUAGAUUUUCAAAUUUCCCUAACGAUUCGAGGAAAAGUUUAAAAUUUUUUUCGACCAUAAAUUAUGAAAUUUUUCAACUUACCAGUCAAAACUGAUAAUCUGUUAAUGAAUUAUGAAAUUUUAGAAUUUGUUUAAAGAUUUUUUUAAAAAGUGCAUAUUGCAAAUCGAUUGACAAAAAACAUCUUUCCUAGAAAACCCUGUGACAGAAGUAAUGAAAAUACUGAAGAAUAUUUGGUAACAAGUUAGUAACAUUGUCCAAAAAAAACUUCAGAUAAAAAUAUGAUUAAAGCAAUUUUUUAUUCAAUUUA